AUGGAUCAAACGUCGUCGACGUUUUUGACGUCUUCGGAGGAAGAGGUGGAGGACGCGCUGGAUGGGGUCCCUAACGGAACCUACUGUAUUUGGACUCCGAAUAGUAGUAACAACAGCUCUGCCAAAGCCUCCCCCAGCAAAUGCAAGAAAAGCAAUUCCACCGGAACUGGACCGGCGUCGACAUCAAAACGCUGGAGGCUCUUGAGUUUUCUUCGCAGAUGCAACAACGAAGGCAAGGAAUCGUUAGUGUUCUUGACGCCAAAGAAGGAAGCUGAGAUUAGAGCCGAGAAGGCCGAAUUGGAUCAUUCGAAGCUGGAAAAGAAGGUACUGAAGAAGGCCGUGUCAAAGGAAACCAUGUCGUCGGCACACGAAGCUUUCUACGUGAGGAACAGGGCGAUGAGGGAGGGGGACAAGAGGCGGACAUACUUGCCAGAUUUAUUUUGUCAUUUUGUUUGA